GCCCACAAUCAACUGUAUACCAAACCUUGGGCUGCUGCCCGCUCCUGUCUUCUCCGGCAGAGCGCACCCGCUAUAUUCUGAAAUUUUCAAUAUGAACUUAUUACUGGUAUUCAUGUCCUCCAUUUUUUUGGUUCUCUUUCAUUUCAGAAGUUUUACCCCACUGCACUCGGAGACCUUUUCAUUUGGGAUAAUGAUAUAUAGGAGAAGGUAAAGAUGCCGAAGAAGGAUGCGGAGGGUACCACUCCGCCGCCGGAAACUCAGGUGUUUUGGAUUGAGACCUCGAAUUCCGUGUCUCGCCGCUUCCAGUAUGAAGCUGGUGGUCAGCUAUCUGUAAAUAUUGUUGAUGAUUCGAGAUCUAUUGGGCAGAAAGUGGUUGAAACUUUUGUAGACAAAUUUUUCCCCUCAGGGUAUCCAUAUAGUGUGAAUGAGGGUUAUCUCAGAUACACGCAGUUCCGAGCAUUACAACACUUCUCCAGUGCAGCUUUGUCGGUUCUGUCAACUCAGUCCUUACUAUUUGCUGCAGGAUUAAGAGCUACACCUGCACAAGCAACUGCCGUGAGUUGGAUUCUCAAAGAUGGGAUGCAGCAUGUGGGUAAGAUUAUUUGUAGCAACUUAGGUGCAAGAAUGGACUCUGAGCCUAAAAGUUGGCGAGUUUUAGCUGAUGUUCUCUAUGACUUCGGUACUGGGUUAGAAGUUUUGUCCCCUUUAUGUCCUCAUUUGUUUCUUCAGAUGGCCAGCCUUGGAAAUUUUGCAAAGUUUUUUAUAUUUUGUAUUGCCAGGGAAUGGCUGUUGUUGCAGCAAGAGCAACAAGGUUACCGAUAUAUUCAUCAUUUGCAAAAGAAGGCAACCUUAGUGACCUUUUUGCAAAAGGUGAAGCUAUAUCCACAGUGUUUAAUGUUCUUGGAAUUGGCUUUGGAAUUCAGUUAGCAUCUACUAUUUGUUCAUCAACGCAAGGAAAGAUGGUUAUUGGACCUCUACUAGCCGUCAUACAUAUCAGCUGUGUCACUGAAGAAAUGAAAGCUACACCGGUCAACACAUUGAACCCGCAACGUACUGCACUGAUUGUGAAAAACUUUGUGAAGACAGGAAAAAUAUGUAGCCCAGCUGACUUACGAUUUCAAGAGGAUCUCUUAUUUCCUGGACGGAUAAUAGAGGAUGCUGGAAGUGUUAAGGUGGGAAGAAAUCUGAGCAAAGUUGUUCGGCCUUCACAUUUAAGACAACUUAAAGAAGUUUUUCCUGAAGAAAAGUUUCUGCUGUGUCGUGGACCUAGAUCUACGGACAUGAUAUUGGAGCAUAAUGCUACAGGAGAAGACGCACUGAGGGGAUGGUUGGUUGCUGCAUAUGCUUCAGCAAUGGAAACACCAUUUCAUAAUUCAAGUGAGAACAACAUGCAAGAGGCUUACGAGAAGAUGAACAAUGUUUUCAUUCCAUUUCUAUGUGAGCUGCAGGCAAAAGGGUGGCAUACUGACCAGUUUCUUGAUGGUAGAGGAAGUCGCUUUAGCAUUUAGUGUCAUUCAAUUUCAGGCUUAAAUGAUUUGGGCAUUUCAAUGAGUAAGACAUGUUUUUAAUCCAAAGUCCAAUUCUCUCUGACAGUGACCUUUUUUUUUAACUUUUAUCCUCUUUGAUGGCAGCUAAAAAAAUUGGUUUCAAAUUCACUGGUUGUGAACAAUGCCUUCUGACCCUAUUUCCUAAAUAGAUUGUAGUAAGUUUCUUCAAACAAAUUGGUAAAGGAGUUCAAUUUUGCCAACUGACUGUAUGUUUCAAGUUGACUG